UUCAGGUUCAGUGCAUCAGUUGUAGUUCCACUUGUGGCCAAAUUUAACAUUAUUAAUGGAAUGCAUUUGAUCUUGGAUUGGUACAGUUUAUUCAGUAGAUUUCAGAUAUGGCGUCCAUUCACUGCUGCUGUUUAUUACCCAAUAACACCGAUGACUGGUUUUCAUUAUCUCAUUAUGUUAUAUUUUUUGUACAGUUAUUCAACAAGACUUGAAACUGGUAUAUUUGAAGGGAGACCUGCAGACUAUGUUUUCAUGCUUGCUUUCACAUGGCUUACUACAGUGGGAUUGGCAUUGGCUCUGGAAAUCAGGAUCAUGUUUGAUUUACUCAUUUUCUCUGCUUUGUACGUUUGGUGUCAAAUAAAUCGCGAUCAAAUUGUAUCAUUCUGGUUUGGAACCAGGUUUAAGGCCGCUUACUUACCAUGGGUUUUGUUUGCAUUCAACAUGAUUAUCAGAGGAGGGGGAAUGUCUGAACUACUUGGUAUAUUUGUUGGUCAUCUUUACUUCUUUUUGAAAUUUAAAUAUCCUCAAGAUUUUGGUGGAAGAGCAUUAUUGGAAACACCUCAGUUUUUAUAUAAAUACUUUCCCAACAUGCGAGGUGCUGUAUCAGGGUUUGGUGUUGCACCACAGUCUCGACGUGCUGCACCAGCUGAUGAUGCUGCUCACAGAUGGGGUGGUGCUGGUCAACGGUUGGGCGGAGACUGAGAUCUUAUUCAUGAAAAGAACUUGGUUUAUCAAAGAUGCGUUCUUGCUUCUAUUAGUUGAAAACAUGUGUCUAUCUGUGAAGCUUAAAUAACAAAAACGGUAAUUCUACACUCUACUAUUUUGGGAUUCUGUAUUUAUCAUAUAUGACAGUAAAUGUCAAAAAUAUUUUGGUGAAACAGACGAAUAUAAGUCGAAGAUAAAUUAUUACUUGAUUGAAAAACUCUAAAAGUUUUCUAUAUUGCACUAUUGUUAAAACCUUGUUUCAUUUUGUCUGGUGAAUUGCUAAUAAAGACGUUUCAGUAAUAUCUCAAUUUCGCAAAAAUCUCCGAUUGGCGGCUGCUCGCCAUGUGGACAGUUUGCAAUCAUCAUUUUCCAUUUUAGCUAUUUAUUAGUGACAAUAGUCUUUAAGUAGCAACGUAUUGCAAUAGAAAUGUUUCAAUUUUUCAUCUUGUGUCUUUGUUUAUGAAUAGAUCAACAACAAACCUUAUUUAUUGUCCUGGCUCUGCUAUUUCUGAUGUUAACUUGGUUUAGAACAAUGCAUUUUUGAGAUAAUGACGCCCAUGUCAUGUUUAACAAAGAUUUGAAAAUUAAGCUCAACAACAAUCAUUAAUUACAGAAGGAAAAAGAAAGAAGAAGAAAUUUAACGACUUUUUUCCGGUUGCAUAUUUUAUAAUCUGAAAUGGUGCUGAGGGGCUGCUCAAUAUGAGCAUCAUCAACUUGUUUUUAUUAUUUUCCUUAUUACUUCUGUUUUACACAAAUAGACACAAUUAAUUAAUUCUGUUUUACACAAAUAGACACAGAAAAUUUAAUGAUUCAAUUAUGA